AUGUCACUCGAUACUCAGAAUCAAACUAUAGUUAAUCUAACAGCUCGCUUGUUAGAUGAGGAGGCCAGCUUGAAUGUAGAAGAAGAGAAUGAGACUGCUUUAUUAGUGGCAAAACAAAGUACAAAGAAGAGAAACAUUCCAUUAAUAAAAACACACAAUGAAUUAAAUGAAAAGUCACAUCGCUUCAUAUGUUACAACUGUGGGAAACGUGGUCAUUAUGCAAGAGAUUGUCAAGCCCCUAAACAAAACCAUAAGCAACAAAGCGAAAGGAAUAUGUUAGCUUUCAAUGUAGCAAAUACAGAUUUGAAAAAUAAUGAUGAAGGUUUACGAUGGAUAUUAGACAGCGGUGCCUCAGCUCACAUGUCUUAUAAACGUGAAAACUUUGUUGAAUUGUAUGAGUAUACAGGAUCUCCACUGAAACUAGGAAACCAAGAAGCUUUAGAAGUGAUUGGCCAAGGAAAUAUUUUGAUAGACAAGUGUGUCAAUGGACAGUGGGAGACAAAAUUAAAACAGAAUAAAGCUCAAAUUUUUAUAUGUGAUGAUGAUGAUGAACAAAAUGCUGAAGUUCUGAUAGACAACACUGAGAAUAAUACAAGUGAACAGAAUUGUGGAAGUGAUGACAGCACACAUACUACCUAUGAUGACAGUGAUGAGACUUAUGAACCAUCACAAGAAAUUGAUCUCGCUAACAUAGAUAGAUCAAAUGUAACUUUGCGACCAAGAAGAAAUAAUUAUUUUUAUGAGGCAAAUUUAAUAGAGUUGGAUGUACCUACAACUUAUAACGAAGCAAUUAAUAGUAAAGAAUAUCUUCCCUACAGCGUCGAAUCAGUCGUGUUAAAUGGCGACUCUCGCCCGAAAGCAUUACACUUCUGCAAGCCUGUAUUUCUCAGGACGGAUCGCGUGCCAGAAGUAACUUUACAAUACUUAUAUGGUACACGUACAACACUC